CCUUGUCAGUGCUUUGUUGGACAUGUCCCCGAACACUUGGGUGAUCGAAAUGCCUACGCAGAAAACGCGAUCGCGUCCGUAUCCGCGAAGAAUUUCGCCGUAUCGAAAUCAGUCUUUGAGCAGGGAUGCCUUUACAAGGGACUCUCAUGCUGCUCCUUUGAGGAACCCUCAGGAUCAUCCCGUUUUCGAGGACAUUCGCACCAUCUUGUCCGUGCUAAAGGCCAGUGGUUUGAUGCCCAUUUACGAACAGGUGUCCAACUACGAAGUGGGUCCUCCAACCAAAGCGAAUGAGUUCUACUCCUUUUUUGUAAGAGGCGUUGUCCACGCCUUGACCAUCUUCAACGUCUACAGCUUAUUUACACCGAUAUCGGCCCAACUAUUUUACUCCUACCGGGAGACGGAUAAUGUGAACCAGUGGAUCGAACUUUUGCUCUGCAUCCUGACCUACACCCUUACGGUUUUUGUGUGCGCCCGAAAUACCAAAUGCAUGCUACGGGUCAUGAAUGAAAUUCUCCAACUGGAUGAGGAGGUUCGUCGGCAGUUUGGAGUCAAUUUGAACCAGAACUUUGGGUUUUCGGUAAAGUUUUUGGUAGGAAUCGCUAUCUGCCAAACCUACAUUAUCGUCCUGAAGGUUUAUGCGGUGCAAGGCGUUAUCACGCCCACAUCCUAUAUAUUGCUUGCCUUUUAUGCUAUCCAAAAUGGACUUACCGCCACGUACAUAGUAUUCGCUUCAGCAUUAUUGAAAAUAGUGUACAUCCGGUUUCAUUUCAUUAACGAAUUACUGAAUGGAUAUACUUAUGGUCAGCAGCAUAAGCGAAAGGGAGGAAGACGGAACCGGGGAAAUAUCAAUAGUAACGUUAACCCCACUCCCAAUCCAGCUGUUAUGGAACAUUUCCCAGAGGACUCGCUCUUCAUAUACCGUAUGCACAACAAACUGCUGCGAAUCUACAAGGGCAUCAACGAUUGCUGCAACUUGAUUCUGGUCUCGUUCCUAGGCUAUUCCUUCUACACGGUCACCACCAACUGCUACAAUCUAUUUGUCCAGAUCACCGCAAGGGGCACGGUGUCCCCGAACAUCCUUCAGUGGUGCGCUGCCUGGCUCUGUCUCCACGUUUCCCUGCUGGCCUUGUUGUCCACAAGUUGUGGUCUGACCACCAGGGAGGCCAAUGCAACGGCACAAAUACUGGCGAGGGUAUAUGCCAAGUGCAGGGAAUAUCAAAAUAUAAUUGAUAAAUUUCUUACCAAGAGCAUUAAGCAGGAGGUACAGUUUACGGCGUACGGAUUCUUCGCUAUAGAUAAUACCACUCUGUUCAAGAUCUUUUCUGCUGUUACCACGUACUUGGUCAUCUUAAUCCAAUUCAAACAGCUUGAAGACUCUAAAUCGGAGGACAUUGAACCAGAUCAGACCACUUAAAGUUUUUG